AUGCCGGCCAAGAGGAAGCGCACCGGAGAGGAUGCCAAGGAGCUUUCGCAAAGCCCGACCAAGAAGCCCAAGAAGGAGGGAAUUUCGGAACGACGGCUGAAGCAGUACUCCGUGGGCUCUGAGCCUGGCAAGUUACCUUUGACAGUCGGCAUCACAGGAGCCAGAGCUGGAGAUGUGCUGUGCCAGGGCCGCAUCACAGUUCCGACACCUGCGCGUGGUGUGGAAGAUGCCAGCAGCGGAGAUGUGGCCAACGUGGUGCUGCGUCUUGUCUCCGGCAUGGUGUCGGCACCGAGCAUCAUCCGGAGGAGUGUGGAGGCAGAAGUCGGUCGAGAGGCCUGGCAGCUUCUGAGAUCGGACCUUGUGAGUUUUUGA